GAUUACUAUAUGCGCACCGUCUUGAUGUGUUUCUUUGUCGUGUUUGACCAUGUCAUUAUCAUGCACCAUCUAUCCCAUUGCAUCUGAUGACUGGCUACAAGUUAUUAGCUAGAUAGCUUAGGAGACUUCAAUGUUGUCUCCACGAGAGAGCGAGAGAGCUUCGGAUCAACAAGCCUACUAAACCCUAGCUGCUUGCUCCAGACUCCCUUAAUUCUGUCCCUGACACACAUGGAUUUGAGUCAAGAAACCAAGGACGAGGCAUCCCCGAGCGGUGAGGCUCACGACGACGACGACGACGACAAGGAGCUGCAGAAGCAGCGCGCCGGCAGCGGCGGCGGCGACGACGACGAGGGAACAAGGCAGCCGUACAAGUGCACCUUCUGCAGGAGGGGGUUCCCGACGGCGCAGGCGCUCGGCGGCCACAUGAACGUCCACCGCAGGCACAAGGGGAGAUCAGCAGCACCCACCACCACCGGCGCCUCACCCACCAGCAGAAGCGGCGGUUGCUACGAGCAGCAGCCGCACAGCUCCACGACGGCGACGGUUGUGUCGUUCGGCGGCCAAACGCAUCCGGCGAGCGUCGCGUCCAUGGCCGCCGGCGGGGCGGCCUUGUUGCACGCGGAACGGCACCACCACCACCACCACCAGCAGCCGUACGAGCUGCGUCUGUUCGGCCGUGACUGCGCGGCCGGCGGUCGCGGCAAGGAAGGUGGCGCCGGAGACGGCCGACGAGAUCGCUGCUACGCCAAAGAUGGGGACGGAGGUGGUGGCCAUGGCGGAGCGGAGGAGUUGGACUUGGAGCUCAGGCUUGGCGGUGCAGGAUCAUGAAUGAAUUAAUCUUCUUCAGCUCCAUCCUGCUUGCUGCUAAUUUCAGAGUAUAUGUGCAUAUGCAUGCGCAGCUGCUUACUGCCAUUUCUCUCUCGCUAACCAAAGCUAAAUUUCUCUGCAUGCGUUAGUUGAGUUCAAUCUUAAGUGCUUUUACAUCGAUCAGCUAGCGAGGAAAUUAUAAGAAAAAUCCAUAGAUUUUGCUUUGUAGGCUCUCUAGUCUCUACUGAGGAUUAGUUAGUGUUCUGAACAAAGCCUUUUUGCUUAUUCUUUUGGCUGCUGCUUAUUUGGAAUUGCUUGUGUUUCAGUUUCAAAGCAAAAGUGAUUU